AGAAUGCGUGUUGACACACAAAUCGCGUCAUUCACGUAUAAAUAGAUGAUAACAGCAAGCUACUAGUCAUUCAACAAGCACCUGUAAAACAAACACACGCAACUUAAAAACAAAUAUCCAACUGGGAAAAAUGAGGUUUAUACAGUUAGUACCCUGUAUCGCAUUUAUUUGUGGUAUUUAUGGCUCCUUAGAGUAUGAAGCUGCAAUGGAUGAAAUUGAAAUUGCCAAUCAAGGUGAACAUUAUGAUCAAGUCGACAUGAAAUUAACAGUGGAGCAACGCGCAACCUUCAAAUCUAUGAACAGCAAAAGUCGAAACAAAAGAUCAAUAUAUGAUAAAUUUUACAACGUUAGAUGGCCUGAAGCUGUAGUUCCCGUUACCUUUAGUUCCAAGUUCAGUGAGACAGAAAAGGCAACAAUAAACGAAGCCAUGAGGACGAUCGAAAGUGUAUCUUGCGUUCGAUUUAAGGAAUAUACUCCCGGCUUAGUUCCAUCCAACCAUAUUUAUAUCAAUAAAGGGACGGGUUGCUGGUCAUACGUUGGUGGAAAUAUGGGAAGUCAAGAAUUGUCUUUGGGUUUUGGAUGUGUUCAUACUGAUACUGCCAUUCACGAGCUUUUGCAUGCUCUUGGCUUUUUUCACGAACAAUCAAGACCAGAUAGGGAUCAAUAUGUCACCAUCAACACAGAAAAUAUUAGACAAGGAUAUGAAGAAGACUUUGAGAUCUCUGAAUUUUCUCACAAAGACGGAUUGGGUGUUAAAUACGAUCCUGAAUCCAUCAUGCAUUUUGGAAGAUUCGCUUUCUCAAAAAAUCGAUGGAGUCUACCAACCAUUGUGUUGAAAUCCAAUCCUAACCGAAAGUUAGGAGGCAAAAAAAUGACUGCGUCAGAUAUUCUUCAAUUGAAUCUCUAUUACGAAUGUAGAGGUUAUGCGAAAACUACACGUCCGACUACUGCCACGACGACACCUACACGUCUAACACGUACAACUACUGCAACGACAAAUACACGACCAACAACAACGACAACCACACGACCAACAACGAAAACUAAGACGAUUUCGAACAUGAAAGCAAUGAAACCAACAACAGAAUAUUUAAAAGUAUGUGGAGAUGAAGUUUUUUUAUGCUCGAAAGUAUUUGUAAACCGGGCUAUUUGUGCAUUCGGAAUAUUUUGCAGACGUUCGUGUGGAUUAUGUUCAGGUCCAAGAGAAAAUAUGUGUGAUCUUCUGGUCAAUGCAAUAAAUGUUGGUUGUAGCAGUGGCAGAAGAAAGAAACACUGUGUCUCGAAAAAUAAGAAAGAAAGAAGAAGGAUGAAAGAAGAAUGCCCAAAAACAUGCUGCAUGCGUGGACAGUUUUACGAAUGAAAAUAAGA